AUGCCAACCGAACCAACACAACGACAGAAUGGCAGACAUUCGACCUUUGCCAACGCAGCAACCGAGGUCGAGCCGCAUUUACGCGGUACCAGCCAUAAGAUGCGGCCAGACCAAGCAAGAAAGAUUGCAGCAGCAGUCGGCCAGUUGCCGAAUAUUUACCAGGACCAUAACGCAUUGCGCGAGUUCGCGUUCCCCCCGCCGACGUGCCCAGAGAUUCCGUUGUUGCGGCCGGCACAACGGGACGGUUUUGGAUGCGCGGAAUGCGGGUGGGUUUGCCGGCAAGAGAAUAGUAUGCGCGACCAUUACAGAUCCAAGCAUGCAUGGCAAAACCCGCGGACCAGAGGAGGGAAGCAAGUCGCGGCACAGUUGCCGUGGCGUACGGGCGUGCGAUUACAGCGGUUUUUUAAGAACCGGCAAGCAAGCAGUUGGUUCGAGGUCGAACGGCCGCGGGCCACGACGAAUGACCCGCCGGUACGAGCCGUGGCGACAAUCGACGACAUUAUCAGCAAGGCAGUCAAAUUGGGCCAGGAAAAGAUGUGUGCGAUGGAAAGGAUUUACCACGACAGGGUCGAGAUGGCCAACGAGAAGUUGGAGCCGAAUUUGUGGGUCCAGGAGGUGGGUUGGUCGCGGCAUUUGCGCGGGUUCAGCCGCAUGAAAAUGAUGGCGUUGAUCGACCCAAUUAAAGAAAAGGAGCGGACGUUGGAGGCCAUGUGGCAAAGUUUCCACCGGGCAGCACGGCAGGGGCAGAGGAUGAUUUUGCAGGGGGAGGUCGACGACAUCGUGUUGAAGACGAUCAACCGGAAGGAUGGCGACAAGCGGAGCGACAAGCGGUUCAGUGCCAAAAUGGAAGCCGAAACGUGGAAAAAAUACACCGAGGUGAUGCGGCAGGUGAUUUGUUAUGUGCACCGCAGCCAGGCGAUGGAGGACGAGGAGCGGCCGGCGUACCGGUUGACGUUGCAGCAGGGGGAAUGGUGGGACGCGUUCGAAAACGCGGCGGCAGAGUUGGCAGAGACGCGGAGGCCGACGAAAGAACAAGAGGAGCGGUUGGAUCGGUUGUGCGUCGACGCGGUCGUCGGGUUAAUGGACCAGAUAUUAUUGCGGACGGGUUACGAGAACGCAGUGAUUAGCGGGUUAGCGGUUAUGGGGUUGUUACCGAUGGCAGGAUGGGCGAGCCCGUUGAAUUACACGCCCAAAUAUUCGGCGGUGAUGAAGAUGACGCGGAUAUUGUUGGCGAGCCAGAUCAAGUAUGAAGACGACGAGGAAAUGGAGCGGUUGGAGGCGCAGGGGUUGGAAGCAGAAGAGGCAAACGAGCAAUGCGUGGGCAUGGACAGGCGGGCGCACGAGAAGGUAAUGCGGUUCAUGGUACGGCCGACCACGCAGGGGCGAUCGUCGCCGAUGGGGUGGAUAUACGACCGCAAGGCGUACGGGAUGGCGAUCCGCAACACGACGGUGGCGGAGGGGUUCGUGUCGUGGAAGGGGGACACCAUCACGUACCGGAAAAUCCAGUUCGGCAUGGGCCAGUUGGUCGACAUGGUGCACGGGAUGGUGGCGGAAGCGCGGGAGGUUAUGGCGGAGUUGUUGAUGAUGCCGGAGGGACAGGACCACGAGCAAUUUCCGGCGAUUAAUUGGGCGGGGUUACACGACGACCAGAGCGACGAGGCGUACGGGUAUUCGUUUUUGCGGGACGAGCGUAACGAGUGGCCGGUCGACGGAAAAACGUGGUUAAUGGGCAAGAUAUCGCAGCAAAUCGAGUUGAAGCGGGCGUGGGCAGGUACAGAAGCGUCCCCGUUCAGCGGCGAGCAAGUGCGGCGGUACGAGCGGUCGGUGGAGCGGUUCCGCGAGCAGAUAUUAUUGUUGAUGCACAUUACGGGCGGGCAGCCGGCACGCGGGACGGAGAUUAUCGGGUUGCGGAUGUGGAAUACGGGCGGUGGGGGGACGCGAAACGUUUUCGUGGACAACGGGUUAAUAAGUUUUGUGGUGUUGUACCACAAGAAUAUCCGGACGACGGAAAGGGCCAAGGCAGUUAGCCGGUUCGUGCCGCGGGAGGUGGGAUUAUUAUUAAUGUGGUAUAUGUGGUUGGUGUUGCCGUUUUGGCAGCAGGUUCAAGGGGUGGUGGAGGGAGGGGACGAGGCAAGCGCGUUUUUAUGGGCGAACAAGGUGAUGUUUAGCAAGGCAGAAGAGAGCGAGGACGAGGAUGAGGAGGACGAUUGGGACGAGGACGAGGACGAGGACGAGGACGAGAACGAGGCGGAGGGCGCGAGAAGCACCAGGGUCAGGGACGCCAUUAAAGAGCAGGGACCGAUCGUGCACACGGCCAAAGCGCACGGGGUAUGGCAGUCGGACCGGAUAAGGCGGCGGUUGCAGCAGCACACGCAGCGGUUUAUGGGUCCGGCGGUCGAUAUCAUUUCGUGGCGCAACAUCGUGGUGGCGAUCAGCAACCGAUAUUUGGAGGGUGCGUUCAAGGUGGAAGGGUUUAGCGAGGACGACGACGAGGACGACGGGCAGGAGCGCGAAGCAAGCGCAACGGACGUGUUGGCAGCGCAGACGGGGCACGGGGCGAGGACGCGAGGGAUGAUUUAUGGAUUGGAAAUGCGGCGCAACGUGUUCGGGACGGCGAAUAUGCGGCAGAAGUUCCGGAUGGCGAGCACGCAAUGGCAUCGGUUUUUGGGGUUUGGGGAUAAAGGGUUUACGGACGUGGAGGCGGCAGGAACCAAGCGGAAGAGGGACCCGUGGAGCGACAGCGCAGAGGAGGCGCGGGCGAGGCGGUUCAAGAGAAUGCGGGUUGUAGACAUCCACGGGGCGUUGCAGCGGAUGAUGGGAGAGGGGGCGGAGUUCAGGGGAUGCCAGGAGCAGGUGGUCAGGUCGAUUUUUAAGGGGUUGACGCCGAUCGUACAGAUUACGGGCACGGGAGGAGGCAAGAGUUUGUCGUUUAUGUUGCCGGCAUUUUGCACGGGUAUAACAGGAACGACGAUCGUCGUGGUGCCAUUGGUGGCGUUGCGAGAGGAUUUGUGGCGGCGGUGCCGGGAAAGCGGGAUCGAGGCGCACGUGUGGACGUCGAGGGGCGCGAACAGGGCGGCGGCGAUCGUGUUUGUAACGCCCGAGUCGGCGAGCACCAAGAUGUUCCGGGAUUUCGUCAACCGGUUGCGGGUGCGGCAGCAGUUGGACCGAGUUGUUGUCGACGAGUGCCACAUGGUUUUGGACGCCGGGUCGGAGUUUCGACCGCAGUUGGGGUUGUUAGGUCGGACGAUCGCGGGGUGGGGGGUGCAAGUGGUGUGUUUGACGGCCACGUUAUCACCGCGCGACGAGGAGGCAUUCCACCAGGCGAUGGGGUUCCAGGGGAAUAUGGUCACAAUAUACCGGGUGUCGACAUCACGGCAUAAUAUCGAAUAUAGGGUCAGGCAUACGAAGAAAGUCGGAGGCAAGCAGCAAGCAAUAGAGGAGGCGGUGGAAGAGGCGGUAGGAGAGGCACGAUUACGAUACGGCGACGACACACGGAUGAUUGUUUACGGGGGGACGAUUAAACGGACGGAAACGAUCGGGGAAUCGUUGGGUUGCCCGAUAUACUACGCCGGGGUGGCAGACGAAAAUGGGAAAAAGAUGAUUAUACAGGCAUGGAUGCGCGAAGGGGGGGUGAUUGCGGCGACGAACGCAUUAGGGGUGGGUUUGGACGUACCCGACGUUAGGGCGGUAAUACACGCGGGGGCGCCGCGGCGGUUGCGGGAUUACGCGCAGGAAAGCGGGCGGGCGGGACGGGACGGGCAAAAAAGCGAGGCGAUUAUAGUGUUGCGGGCGGGCGAAGGUGGCGUGGGAAAUACGGGGUUGGAGGUGGAAAUGGUGGAAUACAUUUGCGGGGAUGCAUGUCGGCGGUCGGUGUUAAACGAGGUAAUGGACGGGCAGACGGACAGGGCCAGUUGCGCAGGGCCAGGGGAGGAGGUAUGCGACGUGUGCCAGGCGCGCGGGUUGGGCGCGGUCGAGCAAGAGUGGGGGUCGGGGGAUGAAGAGUUCGCGGUGAUGGAGGAUAGCAAUGCGGCGUUGGCGGAAUCGGAGCAAGGCCGGCGAAGGGAGCAGCAAAGGCAGGAGUGGUGGUUGGGGAGGUAUUUGGAGAGUUGGGCCGAAUCGUGCGUAAGUUGCCGGUUGACGUACGACGGGGGGUUUAGGCACGGGGUGGAAGAUUGCCCGCGCAAGGAGGAGCAAACGGAAAUUCGUACGAGGAUUGAGGCGAGGGCAGGAGAAAUCCAAAGGAUUUCAAGACCAGGCGCCGGAGUUGUUCCGGGAGGAAAUGAAAACGAGGAUGGGGGAUAG